UGUGUUACACUCAAAAUGCUCCUACAUUGCCGCAGACUCGCCAACCUAUGACAACACUUAAAACGUUUCGAUAAAAUAAAUAAAUAUAUAUAUAUAUGAAUCUCAUUUCGUUAAUGGAUGCACGAGGAGGCUGUGAAAAAGCAUAGAUGUCGGACACGGGAGGGGAAUGGCAGGUGGCUCAGCGACGAAAAGGCGCAGCGCGGAAAUCCAAAUCCCUUCAGGUGUCCCACACAUGCAGCCAGGAGGAGCUGGAUAUCGAGAAAACUGUUAGACGAAUACGAGACACAGUGUCUGAGCUGAGGUGCGAGGACUUUUGGCAACAGUGGAAAGUGGGAGCAUCAGCAGCCCUAUCCAAACAUCUGCCGAACGGGGACACCGAGGGAAGACAAUGUGAACAGCUGGAGUGUGUGUGCUAUGGCCUCGGCUCCUUCUCCUCCUGUGUGUCGGCUCGCUUCCAGCUUGCCAUGUUGCUGCUGCUGCUGGAUGCAGGACACAUUCCACUGCAGGACUGCUCCGUCUAUGAUCCUGCAUUCUCCUCUGGAGAGAAGGCGGUUCUGGGAGAGCUCGGCCUGACGGUACUCACAGAGAACGAGGAGGGGAAGCGUCUGGCAACCAAGCCCACGCUCUUUUACCUGAUGCAUUGUGGGAAAGCCCUGUACAACAACCUUCUGUGGAAAAACUGGAGUGUGCGAUGUCUUCCUCUGGUGAUACUCAUUGGAAACGGCUUCAAUGGCAUGAUGGACAGAACAGUAGAGAGGGAGUUCAAGCGGGACUACAGAUACAUUACCGAGGCCCUGUCUUUGUGUGAGGAGAGACCGCUUCCCUGUCCGUCCCGUCUGAUUGACGUCUUCAGUGACACUGCGGUCAUCACCUUUCCCAGCAGUGGGCUCGACAGACUCCCACAAUCCACCUGGGAAGAGCCGCCUGAACCACAGUACAUGCACUGCUCUGAUUUAGAGAUAAUUCAGAGGGAAACCCAGAGCGGAUGCAGGAGAUGAACACAAAAUGGUUACUUUGUGAUGUCCGUUUUUGUUAUUUUAUGAACAUUUCUUUCUAAAUAAACGAGACAUGCUUCAAAAGGAGGAUUGAAGCUGGCAAGACUUUCGUGGUAGUUUGU